AUGACGAGCCCCUUGAAUCGACUUACUCCAUUAUUAGAUAACUCCGGACUUUUGAGAGUUGGUGGGCAGCUUCAACGCGCCAAUUUAGAAGACGACUCCAAGCAUCCCUACCUUUCACCCAAACAAUCCCGGUUAACUACCCUGGUAAUAGCAGAGGCCCAUCUCGAAACCUUCCAUGGAGUCGACUACGCCGGGCCCUUCAUUAUUAAGACUUGGCGAGGGCGGGCAGCUAAGACGUAUAAGGGUUAUUUGGCGAUUUUCGUCUGCUUCGCUACAUCUGCGAUCCACAUUGAAGUGGUCACUGAGUAUACCACGGAAGCCUUCCUUUCAGCAUACAAGCGAUUCAUUUCUCGACGUGGAAUCUGCGCGACUUUACAGAGCGACUGUGGAACUAACUUUGUCGGCGCUGACCGUGAACUAAGACGUCGCUUCGAGGCGACUACCAAAGAGUCACGCGAGAUUGCCACUGCGCUCGCCCAUCUUGGAACGAAGUGGCUCUUUAUUCCCCCCGCAGCGCCACAUUUCGGAGGCAAGUGGGAAGCCGCAGUCAAGUCUACGAAGUUCCACCUCCGUAGGGUCAUUGGAAUCACCAUACUCACGUAUGAGGAGCUAACGACGCUCACCACACAGGUUGAAGCCAUCCUCAACUCAAGACCCUUGUGCCCUCUGACUGAAGAUGCAGAGGACUGCUCCGCGCUUACCCCAGGACAUUUCAUUAUCGGGGAAGCCCCUACCGUUAUCCCAGAGCCCAGCCUCUCGGAACAACCAUGCUCCCGUCUUACUCGAUGGCAAACCAUUCGCCAGAAGGUCGAGCAUUUCUGGAAACGAUGGAAGAGGGAAUGUCUUCAAAGGUAUCAGUCGAUUUCGAAGUGGCACCACCCAUCUACGCAGAUCAAGGUCGGGUCAUUGGUUCUCAUCUUGGAUGAACGCUACCCACCAGCCACUUGGCCGCUCGCUAGAGUCUCGCAACUACAUCCAGGCGAUGAUGGAUUGAUAAGGGUUGUGACCCUGCGUACUGCCACCAGUACCCUGAAAAGACCAAUCACGAAGGUCUGUGUACUACCCCUAGAUCAGACACAGGAUGUAUUCGGAAGCUCCGUUCCGGAAGGCAGGCGGAAUGUUCAGUCAAGCUCGGUUAUCGACCGAGAUCGAUAG